AUGACGACACUACUUAGACAUCAUGGCCUGAGUAGGAAUGUCUAUGGUAUCGUUGCCACCUUGAGACGCAGCGCUGCUGUGCGACCAGUCCCGGCAAGCAUACCAUGGCAGCCCAUGACAGCCCUCAGGCAGAGGACGAGCGAGGCGUCUCGAAAGCCACAGUACAAGUACCCUGAGCUCCUCAGUGUGUACGUCCAGCCGACCUCCGCCGGAAUCUGGGUUGCCUUUCGCCUGGCAACUAUGGCCGUUUCAGUCCUGAGCUGGACAGUGGGUGCUCCAUUGUACCUCAUGAAUCCAGCGACACCAGCGUGGUUUGUGCCGACAUUCCUGUUUGUGACGAGUGGGCCCUUCUUGUUUUGCGCAGCAUUCGGGCAGAUCGUCCUCAACAUCAAGGCUUCCCUUCCGCCUGCCGCCCGCCGUACGACUGAGGAUCUCCGUGCUUUCCUCGCGAAGAUACCGCCUGCUUCUCGCAUGCGUAUAACUUACGUGCGCUUCGCGCCCUGGCCCCUAAAGCGCGAAGUCUUCGUGUCCGACCUUCGUCGCUUGCCCAUCAGUCGCGUACGCCUAGUCAACAUGCAGAUUGUCGGAGACGAGGCUGGCGGCGCGAAGACGAUUAUGGACGGGUGGUUCGGCUGGUACAGGAGGAGCUUCUGGGUGAAUAUGGGCUAUAUGUCGAGGGACAAUAGUGCUGUGCCGGGAAUGUGGGAGCAUGUUUGGCGACAGCUUCCGGUCCUGGGUGAAGAGGUGGCGCAAAAGCCGAUGGUGGAAGCUCUGCCCAAAAGGCCGCUGAAGGCUAAGCAGCUCGUGCCUCCUCCGAGCGGCUCCAGGAGAACGUCAUGA